UGUUGAUGGGAGAUUUGGGAUUGGCUGCUAUCAGUCACGUGACUGUUCAGGGGCAUCAUGUGACAGGAUCACCGGCCAAUGCAUGUGUCCUGCUGGAACGUUUGGAAAACGUUGUGAAAAAGAGUGUGUGGAGGGUCACUGGGGCGUUGGAUGUGAGGAAACGUGUGUGUCCAGUGUGUCCCGCGGGCCGCUUCGGGGUGGGCUGUCAGCUCAGAUGUGUGUGUGAUAAUGGAGGAGGUUGUGAUCCUGUAACGGGACGCUGCUCGUGUCCUCCCGGCUGGACGGGCCACGGCUGCAGGAAGGCCUGUGACGCGGGCCGCUGGGGUCUGGGCUGUGCGAGUGUGUGUGACUGUGGAAACAGUGGCGGAGUGUGUGACGCUCAGACCGGACGCUGUCAGUGUGAGGCGGGUUUCACUGGACCGCGAUGUGACCAGAUCUGUCCUGCAGGCUGGUUUGGAUCUGGUUGUUCUCAGCGCUGUGACUGCAGGAAUGGAGGUGUGUGUGACUCCGUCUCUGGAAACUGCUCAUGUGGCCUCGGCUGGACCGGCUCACACUGCGAGAAAGAAUGUCCCGCGGGUUGGUUCGGUCCUGAUUGUGCGCUUCAGUGUUCGUGUGUGAACAACAGCACGUGUGACAGAGUAACAGGAAGCUGUCGCUGUGAAGCGGGAUAUUACGGACAUCUGUGUGAACACGUGUGUCCUGCCGGUGUGUUCGGGCCCCGGUGUCAGCAUCGCUGUGACUGUGUGAACGGGGCGUCCUGCCUCCCGAGAACCGGACAGUGUGUGUGUCCCGUUGGACUUCACGGCUCUCGUUGUGAGAGAGAAUGUGAGCGCGGCUUGUUCGGGCUGAACUGCUCUCAGUCAUGUGACUGUGCGGGACACGCACCAUGUGACCCGGUGAGUGGCAGGUGUAUCUGCCCGUCAGGAAAGACAGGAGUCCGGUGUGACAGCGACUGCAGUGUGAACCGCUACGGGCCCGACUGCGCACUCGCGUGUCAAUGUGAAAACGGCUCUCAGUGCGACAGCAGAAACGGACGCUGUGUGUGUCUCAACGGCUGGAUCGGUCUCACGUGUUCAGAACGUGAAACUCCAGAGCUGGACUCCAGAAGUGUAGAAGAGAGCCAAUCACAGCUCAACUCCUCAUAACACACGCGCGCGCACACACACACACACACGCGCGCGCACACACACACACACACACACACAGAGACUACAUGGAAGCACGAGUGUGUUGAGGUGGAGAAGUGAUCAUGUUCAAACACACAGCACUGACAGCUCAUCCUCAUACUGGACCCUCAUCCGUAUGUCAGGGGAUAUUAAUAUUCUCUGUGUUCAAGAACUGUUGUGAUGUACACUACAGUAGGGUUCAGGUUUGACUGUAAACAGGAGGAAAGUGCCUUUUUGAUUUUUCCAAAAUUUCACUCAUUGUUUACAAAUAUUGUUGAACCUAAACUAUUUUUUUUACUGUAACAUUUGAUAAAAAAAAAACACAGGAAACAUGUGGAUGUCAAGAUAUUGAACUGAAGAAGAUAUUGAUAUACUGUAAGAUCAUGAUGUGCUUAUAUCAAAGGAGGUCCUGUUUGUGAAAUAUGUUUAUAUUAGAAAACAUUUUUUCAUGCUUCAUUUUCUGUUAAGCAUUUGAUUGUUUUGUAUAAAGUUUGAGUUAUUUAUAUAUUUUGUAAAAUAUACAAACAUACAAUUGUAAAUGUUAUGCAAAUUCUUUUUUUUUACUCAAUGCCCCAAAAACGUUCAUUCUGGAAUGCUAGACUUUGAUUUUAUUAUUUAAGAAAGCAUGUUGUGUGUAAAAUUUUACAUCCAAGUGACAGAUUUUUAAAACCGAUUUCAGAAUAAAAGACUUUUGAACUUGUUGUUUUA